UUAGUAUCAAGGCGUCAACCUGUGUGAAACAGGUGAACCGUGCAGCCUCACAAUUAAACAAUUAAACAACCGGAAGAGUUGGCUUGAUUUCCAGUGCUGCUGAUGACAUGAUCACCGGGGUUUGACCAGCAGCAGCUGGAGCUCUGUCAGCAACAACAACAACAACAAAAAGAAAAACGCGUUAUGGAUGAUUCAUCUGCAUGAAAAAGGAAGAGAACAGACCAAGGCGUCAAAUAAUGUGCCAGUGAUGAUGGUGGAAUCAGCCUCUGAGACCAUUCGAACGACACCGUCCAACCAGAACGGAGUCAGCAGCCUCAGCAGCCAGUCAGAUGGAGGGGGAGGUAGAGAGGGCGGGUCGAACGGAGACACCAACGGAGAGAUCAGCCCCGUCGACUUACUGCACCUGCAACAGCAACAGGCGCUUCAGGCAGCCAGACAGUUCCUCCUCCAGCAAGCCUCUGGACUCAACUCCCCUGGCAGCAACGAGGUCAAACAGAGCCCUGUGCAGGUGCCUGUGUCCAUGGCUAUGAUGAGCCCACAGAUGAUCACUCCUCAGCAGAUGCAACAGAUCCUGUCUCCCCCUCAGCUGCAGGCUCUGCUGCAGCAACAGCAGGCUCUAAUGCUUCAGCAGUUACAGGAGUAUUACAAGAAGCAGCAGGAGCAGUUGCAUCUCCAGCUUCUGACUCAGCAGCAGCAGCAGCAGCAACAGCAGCAGCAGCAACAGCAGCAGCAGCAGCAGCAGCAGCAGGCUGGGAAGCAAGCGGCAAAAGAGCAGUUAGGCAGUAAGCAGUUGGCCUUUCAGCAGCAGCUGAUCCAGAUGCAGCAGCUACAGCAGCAACACAUCCUCAACCUCCAGAGACAAGGCCUGGUCCCGCUGCAGCCCACCGCCACCAUGCAGUCUCUGCAGCAAGCGAUGUGUCCGUCAGACCUCCAGCAGCUGUGGAAGGAGGUGUCGGGGGUGCAGAGCAGUGAGGAGGCCCUGAAACAGGCCGAGGGCCUGGACUUGAGCACCAACGGCUCCAAUUCUACCUCAGGCUUCCCCAAAGCUGCCAGCGCUCACAUCCCACUACACAGCCUGGUCAACGGACAGAGCCACACCCCAAAGAGAGACAGAGCCAGACUGUUUGAGUGGAUAUCCUCCUUCACCAAGGCAGACAGCGGAGAUGACCAUGUCCCCCUUUACUCCAAAGGCAGCCAACCCCCCAGCAGCCAUCAUGAGGAGCAUGCCGGCUCCCAUCCUCUCUACGGCCAUGGAGAGUGUAAGUGGCCUGGCUGUGAAGCACUGUGUGAGGACAUGGGACAGUUCAUCAAGCACUUGAACAACGAGCACGCCCUAGAUGACCGCAGCACCGCUCAGUGCCGAGUCCAGAUGCAGGUGGUUCAGCAGCUGGAGAUACAGCUGGCAAAAGAGAGCGAGCGACUCCAGGCCAUGAUGGCUCACCUGCACAUGCGCCCCUCAGAGCCAAAGCCUUUUAACCAACCUCUGAACCUGGCUUCCAGCGGCUCUCUGUUAAAGCGGGACAGCGACGCCUACCCAGAGGGUCUUCCUCACCCCCCCACCUCAGCUGCCACCCCCAUCACCCCUCUGCGCCAGGGACCCUCGGUCAUCAGCUCCUCCAGUCUGCACACACACUCCCACUCCCACUCGCACGGCGUUGGGCCCAUACGUAGGCGCAACUCCGACAAGUACUGCACCCCCAUCGCCUCAGAGCUGGCUCAGAACUGUGAGUUCUACAAGAACGCUGAUGUCAGGCCUCCCUUUACCUACGCCUCUCUUAUACGUCAUGCCAUUCUGGAGUCCCCAGACAGACAGUUGACUCUAAACGAGAUCUACAACUGGUUUACACGAAAGUUUGCCUAUUUCAGGAGAAACACAGCCACAUGGAAGAAUGCUGUUCGCCACAACCUGAGUCUGCACAAGUGUUUUGUUCGUGUUGAGAACGUGAAGGGGGCCGUGUGGACUGUGGAUGAAGUUGAAUACCAAAAGAGGAGACCACCAAAGAUGACCGGAAGUCCCACUCUGGUGAAAAACAUGAUUUCAGGCCUGGGCUUUGGAUCCCUAAAUGCCAGCUACCAGGCGGCUCUGGCAGAGAGCAGUCUGUCCCUGCUGAACAGCCCUUCCCUGCUGAGCCCUCCGUCUGCAGCCAGCCUCAACAUGCUGCAUGUGGGCCACGAUGAUGUCAGCUCCACCGUGGAGCAGGUCAACAGCAACGGGAGCUGCAGCCCCACGCUCAGCCCUCAGCAGUACAGCCACCAGGUGCAUGUGAAGGAGGAGCCCACUGAGCUGGAGGAGGACAGUCGGCCAGUUUCCCUCCUGGCCGGUGUCACACACAGCCUGCCAUUGCCGAGCGACGAGCGCGACCUCGAGGAGGAUCUUCCCACCGAGGAGCUGGAGUAGGACAAAGAACCAAGACGGACCAGAGGGACGAGACACAGAAAGAUCAAUCCCUCGUCAGCGCGAAGAGGAAAAGAUAGCUUCAGUACACUUAAGAUGAAAAGAGAGAAAAAAAAGAGAAUGUUUUUUUUUGUUUUGUUUGUUUUUAAGAAAAUGCAAGCAACCAAGGACGACAUUGAGAAACUCCAAACAGGGUUAAGAUGAACUCCGUUAACUUUCAGACGCAAAAACAAGGCCAUGGAGCACUGCUUUACCUCCACGUGUUUCUUUUCCGACACGUGGCCCAGAGGUGUAACACCACUCAAUGCAUACACACUCACACGCACACACACUUACACACACACACACACUCAUUCACUUGUCAAACCAUGUCUCCAUCAUCCUCCCUGGUCAAAAGAAACAGCCUCUGUGUAGAGACUCCGAGAGGUUUGGACACGCACCGUCCUCCCUCACCUCACCGCUCUGCAUACACACUGUCGUCUCGGGCUAACCGUUUUUAUCUCCACGUCAGUUUAGAGGACACACAGGUGUGUGUGUGUGUGUGUGUGUGUCAGAAAGAAAGAGAGAGAGACCCACACGGAUUAUGUGUAUAUAGAUUUGGAGCAGUCACCAGGGGCUGUGCAGUAUACCUCUCCUUCUUUCUUCCCCCCCCUCUUUGAGUCAAUCACCUGCUUUUUCAUUUUUCUUUGAUUUGAUUGAAAUGAAACUGUUGGCCUUCAAGACGGGAAGGAAGGAAGAGCGCUUUUUCAAAGAUUACCUCCAACAGUGCUCCAUCACUUCUUGCAGAGCAGGCUCCUGUGUGAGCCCAUGGUGAGGCUGACCCCACCACCCCCACGGAGGCAGGCGGCGUGGCCCUGGUCCAUGUCCAAACUUCUGCCCCGCCCUCCCCUCCAUCCCUCGCCCCAAGCAAGACACUUAGUGACAGACACCUUUUAAACUCUUUGCUUCUAAGUGAGACAAAAAAAAAAGAAGACGACAUUUUCCUACCCCGCCUCCAUCCCUCCCCACCCCACACCCCAAAAAGACUGCAGGAAUAGGACCAUUCGGUGCUGUCCUCCUCUUCUCCGUCUGCUAGACGGAAAGACGAGGUUGGAACACUUUGAGAAGGGGAAGCAGAGAGAAACGAGGGAGGAAGCGUCUACAGAAAUAUUGUGACUAAAAAAAGAAAAAAAAAAGAAAAGAAAAAACUGUUGAUAAUUAUGGAAUAUAACGAGAAAAAAAAACGUGUGGUAGCUUUUGUCAUUUCCUUUUUUCUUUUUUAUUUGAUGUUAUCAUUGUUUUUUGUUUUUUUUGGAGGAUCAAUAUUUCCGCGGUGGCGUUCUGUUUCGAUGCUGUUUUUGUUUUGUUUUUGUAUUUGUGAUUUGUUUGAUUUUUACUCUGGCUGUUCACACCAUUCCAAAUGAGUAUUGGCAAAACAACAACAACAAAAAAAAGAAAAGAAGAAAGCGCAGUAUUGUCCCAACUUGUGAUACCUGUCCCCCACACUCCUGCCCCUCUCUCCCCCUUUCUGCCCCAAGUGUAGCAGGCAAGAAAUUUGGAAAAUAGCACUUAAAGUUGCCAUUAUCCAGACAGAUUAUUUAACAGCUGAACCUUUUUUAUUUUUCUUUUUUUUUUAAUUCUCUCUCAUUCACUUGUUUUCGGUUGUGUAUUUAGUUGAGAACUAUCAGUAAUGCUUUAAAAAAAUAUAUAUAUAUUAUUACUGCAGUCAGAGAAUACCUCAUCCCACAAAGAUUCUGCCUGGAACUGUGUCCAAAUUGAUAAACAAAUAAAGGGGGAAUUCUUUUCUGUGGGACACCAAAAUGUGGCGACUCUGCUCAGCUUGGAUUCAAAGCUCUAUGGUUGUAAUAGUUACUGUGUAGAAGCUAUCUGCAAUUCACUGUGUGAGUUUGUGUUAAAAGGAAUAGCACGUGAGAUUUAUUUUUUUGUUUGUUUUCCAUGAGCAUAGAAAAAAAAACAAAGCAUUACUUUUCUCUACAGUGCCAUACCAAAUUUAACGUUUAUUUUAAUCUAUUAUCUGCUUAUUCCCAUUUUAUUUUUGUUACAGGUAACCAAAGAAAUAUGUAGAAAACCAAAAACCCUGUAGUUUAUUUUGCCCUUUUUUGAGUUUCUUUUUUUUUCUUCUUCUUCUUCUUUCUUCUUCUUUAAGAAUUGGCCAAAAGACAACAAACCAGGAGUUUGAUUUUUAUUUUUUUUGUUCUUAUUGUAUUCAUAUAACUAUUGUGUUGGAAGUUACACAUGAUUUACAGUGCUGACCAUUCCAAAAACCAAAGUGUGUAAGGCAAACUAGAAUUUGGAGACAUCAAAGCUUUUUACAUGAUAAGCGGUUACAAGUGACUCACAUUAGGUAUGAGGCCAAAAAAAAAAAAUAUUAACCAACCUCGCACAGUUCCUCUGAAAAACAAGAGAAAAGCACUUAGAGGUGAAACCCUGUCUCUGCCAUGCUCAGGCUAAAACUGUGUUUCAAACACAAUGCCAGGACCGGCUUUACUACGACAUGAGCAGGCCUGGGGAAAAAAAAACGAGGCUCUAAGUGAGACAUUUGAACACGCGUGUCCCUUAACAACCUGAGAUGCCAAUGAAAACUGAGGUUAAACACAGAACGAGAAGAUUUUGCUCCCUCGAAAACGACCUGGCUUUACUUUUUCUGGUGCUGCCGUUAAUGGACAUCUGAACCAAUCUGUAUGUGGUGUUUACAGGACGAGGACGUGUACUGUAAUGUGGUUAGAAAAGUCACAUUUCUGGACAGGGAGGAGUUAUUCCAAAAACAUAUAUAUUACAAUAAAGAGGGAACAACAGAAAAAAAUAUUAAUAUACCAAUGUAAGAGGAAAACAACCAAGGGACAUCAUGUAAUUUAAAGUCGGGUUCAUAUUUUCAUACUUUUUCCUCAGACUCUCUUGCACUUCAGACGAUUUUUCUUAUUUAAUGAAAGAACCUUUCUGAUGACUUUGUGUUCAAACAGGACUGUUCCCUGUCACAUUAGAGACUGAUUUCUAACAAAGUACAAAGUGGCAGACAGGACAUCUUGAAACGAGAUAAAAAACCAAAAAUAACACUACCUCCUUUUCAAAACGGUUCAACACAUAGCCAAUGCGAGACUGAACUCUCUUAAAUAUUUUAUUUUAUUUUUUAUUUUUUUUGCUCCAUUCUUCCUGGAUGAUAAUAAUGAAUGCCAAAAUUGUUGUUACACAUACUGUAUGACUGACACAAAAAAGAAAAGAAGAAGAUAUUUGGCUAUCUGGACUCCCUAACACAUCUGCUUAAGCCCAAAAACAUAGAGACGUUUUCACUUUCCAUGGAAUUAAAAAUGACUACCUCUCCUUAAACCACAUCUAAAGCACUCUCUACGUCUCAAAGUGUGUUGUGAAGUGCUCACUAUAUAUGAAAAGUUUUCUAUCAGCUGUGUAAAAAAAAAACUGACCAUAUUCGUAACACCCGGUUAAUGCUCUCGACUGUGUGCUUUUGACUGUAUGUGUGCAUAUUCAUGAUCGCAGCCAAUGAGAAGCUGGCUGUUAAUGGCUAUCUGGUGUAAGCAGGGAGCUGGUUGUCAGGCGUAACGAUGGGCAGAAUAUAUCAGUGCCACCACACACACAAACACACACACACACACACACACACAGGAAGCAUAGAAGCAGGGCUAUGGUUUAGUGCAACGGAGGCUCUGACCAUCCAGAUAUCCAAAGACCCACAAACACAGCGGCACCCGCUUCACCAAAACACUCGCAGAGACGCUGAGAGGACUAACACACACUUAAAAAGAAACUCAUCACUACUACUACUACUACUAGUAAUAUCCAAACCAAGAGGAACUGCUGCAUACAGUACAUAGAUGAUCUCUGACUUGUGCUUUAAGGUACACCUGUAAACAAAGCUGUUUUAUAAAGAUGUAGAUUGUUCACAGGUCGCCAUGUAACACUUCUGUUCUUUCUCCAGCUUGGCAUAACAUGAUGUAUUCUUGUAUAUUAAUGCUUGACUUUAUCUCUCCAGGGCAUUCUUUCUCAUUUUUGUCCUUUUGAUUUUUCUCUUCUUCUUUGUUUAUUUUUCUUCUCUUCCUCCUUUUUUUUUCUGCACCUGUUUUAGCUAUUGUAAAGCUUUCAGCUCUGAUUCCUAUACUGUACUGCUAAUGCUGAAGUAUAUGUAUUUAUCAUAUUAAGUGCUGCAGGUAUCUUGGUUUUUAUUAGUUUCGUUUCGUUCGUUUUUUCACUUCUUUUUUUUUCAGUUCUUCAUAAAAACGUCUGGGACGCUGAUUUUUUUAAGUGUAUUAUCUCAAAAAAAAGAAAAAAAUGAAAAUUAAAAGAAAAGUUAGAUCAGUGGUUUAGGUAACACCUGUUUGUAUAUUUAUCUUAGCUAGGUCUAUUUUGAUACUUUUUUGUCUCUGUACUGCAUUUAUGCAUUUUUAAGGAAAGAAAAAAACAAAACAAAUGGAAAACAAACUAAAAAAAAGUUACUUCAUUAUGUAUUGAUACCUCAGAAGGACUUUUUCUCAAAGACAGGACCAAAACCUCCGAAAAAGAAAAAGAGAAAGAGGAAAAAAUGUAAGAAUAUGUAGCCCCCUCUCUUGCUUUAAACAAAAAAACACAAAAAAAAAAAAACGCGGAGCUCUAGAAAGGUAUUGCUGUUGGUCCUCUCAGGUGCCAAUAUGUGUCCGAGCUCCCUGUGACCCCCUCCCUCUGACCCCUGACCCCUGUCAUUCCUGUGCUGAACUCCAACCCACAGAGCUGUCAAUCAUCUGCAGGUGCCAUGGGGGUGUCACUGAGCCACACACCUGGCAGGUGGUGACCAGUAACAAACCUCAUCUCCCAGUCUCCCACAGAGGCAGAUCAAAGAUUGACACUGUUGCAUUUUUGAUACUCCUCCUCUUGCGUAGUCUCAAUACCAAAAUGUGGAGUGGCUUGCAGAGAUGCGGCUCAUCCUCUGACUACCAAAGGCAUUGCAAGCAAACAUUUGCUUAGUCCAAACUCCUGAACUGUAACCAAACUGUAACCAAACCAAUGCCACAACCUUAACCAAACAAAAGCCAAGCUACUUCCAAAACUCUUCAUCGACUUCACUGAUCACCUUUACUGAUAGCUGUUAUCUCUCGUACAUCCACGUAAUGGUGUUAUUGGACCGGCCUGCAUCCUGUUGGCUGGUGACUGACUCGAAAGGACACAGGGAGCCCAAAUCCUGACGCGUGAUUGGACAGUUCUGAGGUGUCAUGUGAGGGGGAAGGGACUCUCAAAUAAGUGGAGCUUUGCCUGAUGGUAUUAUCAAGUAGACAGCCAGAAUCCGAUGGAACUACCACUUCAGCUCUCCUCUGGUUAAACCUUAGGAAUGUGUGUACAUUUUCAGCAGUGACUCUCUGAAUUGUUUCUUAGUUUCAGUUUACCUGUUUACCUCUCUUUAUCCUUUGGUUUUUUUGUUCUGUUUCUUGUUAUUUGAAAGUGUGACCCGAGGAAGAGGCGGGGACAGGGACUGGGUGGUGGCUUUAGACAGACAGUGGAGCCCAGCCCUCUGACCCUCCACCCCGGGUAGCCAUGUAAUGCCAGUCACUGCCCUUUUCCUUCAUGCUGUAUAAAACACACACACAUAUAUCUGUGUAUUUGUAACCUGAAUCUUCUUGUGUCUGUUCAUGCAGACAAUAAAAAAUCUGUACAGUAGGUCUAGUUGCAUGUAAUCUGUACUAAUUAUUGACAAUGGCAUUAUAAAAUGCAAUAAAAUACUUAUUACACUGUCA